UUUCACCAGUUCCACGUCAAAAUCAUAGCACAUCACGCACGAUAGCAAGGAAGGUUGUUACAUGGCCACAGGAACCCAGACAGACCAUUAAGGUUUCAACAAUUCGCGAAACAAGCAGAGGAAUCAAUGGACAAGUCAGUGGAACAGGAAUCCAGGUGACAGGUAAUUAUAAUACAAGGAAUGCACUUAAUACAGAAAAAAUGUCAGAUGAGUGGAAGAUGAAGCUCGACGGAUGUUUGACAACCGGAUCUCGCUGGUCAUAUUCUCGUGAAGAUGGCAGCUAUACAAGUAACUUUAUUUCAG